UCAAAGCUGGUGGAAUGAGAAUUGUGCAGAAACACCCACAUGCUGUGGACACCAAAGAGGAGAAAGAGAAGGAUGAGGAGGAAUGGGAAACCAGCAGCAGUCCACCGAAACAAACGGUGUUCAUUUCUGGAGUCAUUGCAAGGGGCGAUAAAGACUUCCCUCCUGCAGCUGCUCAGGUGGCCCAUCAGAAGCCGCAUCCCUCUGUGGAAAAGCUGCCUCCACCGCAGCAUAUCAACCAGCACAUCCACCAGCCACGCAAGUGAGUGGCCGGCCCGAGUCACCAGCCGUGCUGUUUCAGAGAAGGAAUGAUCAAGCCGUUUGUGCUGCCAGAUCUCUGAAAAGGAAUCUCAUGUUUCUUGCCUUAAUUGCCUAUGGUUUAAUUGAAGGGCUGGGGAAUUUACAUUUCUGUCACCCCCACCAAAUAACGUUGCUCCUGUGUACUGCCAAUCAAAAUGUUAUGGUCAUGAAAAGGUAACAGGGAGGGAAUAAUAGCACAGAUCAAGCCAUUCUUUUAAUGAAUAAUUAUUUAAAACCUUUUUGUUCCUGGAUUUUGGCUGUAUCAGAAAUGUGUAAGAUUUGGGUGGGAGGAGGGAACUGUCUGUGCCUUUCUCUCUUUCUAAUUAGAGGGUCAGUUGGAUUUUUAUGAAAUCAUUUGGAUUGUUUAAAUUCUUCCUACUCUGUUCUUUUUAAAUAUGUCUGAGGAACAGCCUGCUUCUUAAUUUUCUUUUUUUAGUAAAAAAAAAAUAUAUGAAAGGACCACAAAUGUUUCUCAGAUGUUUAAGAGAUCUCUUGGAAGAUGUGAACCCUUUGGAGAUUGUCAUAGCUUUCGUAAUCUAGCCAAAGAUUUUUCCGGUCGGUCAUACAAGGACUCCCUGCAUCCCGUCCAAAACAACUGAGCACUAACACCUAGCAAUUGGAUUAAAGUGUCAAAAUCUGAUGGUCUGCAUUUCACUAAAGGAGGAGAUCUUUCUAGAUACCAUAAUACGAGAAGAACUCUGUCAUCCCCUCAAAAACAUUUCUGUAAACGUGCAGGAAAAUUGGCAUUGCAGCUGAAUGCUGCCAGGAUGAGGAUUGCAUGAUCGGACACUCCCCUGUGUCGGCACACGUACUAAGCUGGAAUGUCAAGCUUGGCUGAAAUGCUUCUCCCUGAUAACAAAGUUUGAGUCCAGUGGCACCUUUAAGACCAACGAACUUUUAUUCUGGGUGUAAGCUUUUGUGCGCGCACACAUUUCUUCACCAGAAGCUUAUACUCAGAAUAAAACUUUGUUGGCCGUAAAGGUGCCACUGGACUCAAACAUUAUUCUGCUGCUUCAGACCAAACACAGCUACAGACCUGAAUCAUUCUCCCUGAUAAGUUAGCUUUCCAUGUGCAGGGAAUUCUUGCAUGGGAGGACAUUCAAACAAAUUGCCAUAACUGCAGUUUUGAAAUGCUCCAUCCUGGGAAGAGUGUGCCAUGUACUUACUACUACAGGUUUUAUUUGUCUGCACAUUGGCAAAUAAACUAUUUGGACGGAAAUUUUGUUGUUGUCCUUUUGAUCACAGCAAGCAAAUGCCAAAUGACAGCUAAAGGCUAUGAACCCGUUCCAGGUCACUUUGUUGUGUGCAGCUGUGAGCCCUAAAUGGAGAUAUGUGUAUUUGGUAUGUGCUUCAGAGAUAUUUUUUACUGUCAUGGGAAGCAGACGAACAUUUGAGAUGGAGUUCUAGAUGCACAUCCCCAUCAGCAGCAUAUGAGGACAUUCCUUACUGGAUUGAGGCAAUGGUGUAAAAGUUGCUAUUUUAACUGAAACAAAUUAGGCCUUGUCAUCCAUACAAAUAUAUAGUAGAAUCUAAGAAUCACUUAGCUUUGCAUACUUGGGUUUAGCUGGCAUUUUUGUUGAUAAUCUUUUGAAAAUUAAAGUGCGCUAAAUCACUUCCCAGACAAUACACUACAAAGCUUUUGCCAACAUCAAAAACAUUGUCUUUGGUUAAAUUGCUGUUCUAGGAGUGGAUCGUCUGGCAAAUAUUGGAAAAUUUAUGUGCCUCCUCCAUGGGGUAGGUCGUAUUAAAACCCUCUUGUGUUAUUUAAUACAAUCUCCCUCACCUGCCUCUGAAAUACUGCUUGGUAAAUGUGUAAUUAUUUCAAGACUGACUAUUUUGAAAUAAACAAC